AUGUGUACACACGCUCAAGCCUCCAAGCUUCCCAAGUCGGAUGGUCACUGCUUGACCGUCUCCGGUAUAACAUUGAUGAUCGAUCGCUCAAAGGAGUUUCAGAGGAACCCAAAUCCUGGACAUUCCAGGGUUCCAAGUUCCAACAAGGAAUCGAUGGGAAGCAGCAGCGACUUUUAUCAGCCACCACAUACCCAAAGAAGCUUAACGUGGUGA